UAAGAGGCUGAGCUAUCUCCCUGGCUGACACCAUUGUUGUAAAUCCAGAGAAUGUCAAGAUGGGUACUAACCAUUUAUCCAUACAUAUGCUUACUGAACAGAUUCAAUUCACAGAGUUGGCUUCUUGUUGCUUCUCUGUCUUCCAGAGGCAGACUCUGCCCCCCUUCCUACUCCUCAGACUUAAGAUAUUGGAAGAACUAAGAGGAAGGAGGCAGGCUUUGAGAAGUGUAUUUCAGGGCAGGUGAUGAGGCUGGUUUUCUACCCUCAAUGUAAAGAGGUGAUGAGGUAUUUUUGGUUUGCAUUCAAGACAGCGAGGUCUCUCUACAAUCUUCACUUACAAGGACGAAGGUGGGGACUGUAAACAGGGGAGACAGGUGUGCUAUAUCCUCGCUGGAUCUUUGCUUAAAUUGUGGGCCACGGUUCUGCCUCUGUUCCCAUAGCUGGGGGAGGAGAAGAGAAUCAAGAAGCACAUGGUUUUCUGAGGCGACUGCCAGACAUCGAUGGGACCAGUGCUGCUCCUCUCCUGGGAGAUAAGAAGACACACCACACAUCUCCAGACCUGUGAGUAUUCUGAGGAAGGGGAUGGACCUGCGAGAUUCUCAGUCUCUGUAAAUUGAAUGGUGCACUAUGGAGAAAAUUAGACUCUCUGUCAUAGACUGUCAAGAUGAUGAACAGUAUCACAGAAAGAAAUUCAUCUGAGAACCACACUGGGCCAUGGAAUCUGAAGAAGGAAGUGAAGACACUGACUCCACAGUGCGCUGGGCAGGCAGUGCUGAAAGUUUGCUGGAGUUGCCCACCGUGUCCAGUCUGGAAAUGGAAGCAGGCAGCACUGGGCUCACAGAUCCAGCCACAUGCUGUGCUGGGGUUUCAUCCGAGGCCUGAGACAGGCCACAUGUCCAGUGGAAAGGAAGUAGAGAGUCUACUCGAUGCCUCUCAUCUCCUACCACGCCAGUGCCAGCCUGUGCCACCCACUGGCAGCCCUACUCCGCCAAGGCUUUGCGAAGCAUUUGCAGCAACCUGGGUCCUGUUCCCACAUUUCUGCGAGUCACAUUUCUGGGUGCCAUCAGCUCAGCAGGGAGGAACUGUUGAAACCUUUGGUCAUGGUGGCUCCACCCUUGUAGCACCACAGCCUGCGAGUGUAACAGUUAUUACACAAGCUGUCACCAGACAAGAGCCAUGCUGGGCACUCACACAGCAUCCUAUACAAGGUGAAGAAGUACUGUCUUUUCUUCCUAAAGUAGAAGGCAUUCUGAUUCCAACACCUGAAUUCAAAUGCAGUGGGCUGGUUUGCACUGUGGCUAGGUCAACCUUUUCUGGCAGUUAUCAUAGCUUUAGACUUUUCUCAUGCAAUGCUAAACUCCAGAUUGAAACUGAAAGAGGUUUUAGGACAAAAGGUGAAAAGCUAAAAGGACACAGCGGAUUUGCAUCAGCGCUGGCUGACAACAGGGUGUUUGUGUCAGUGCGCGCUCGCGUCGGCGUGGACGCGGGUCACGUGGGGCGUGAGCCUGCGCUGCAGUGGGGGCACGUGGGCUGCGUGAGCGCGGGCUUGGGGCACGUGGGGGCACGUGGGGGCGUGAGCCUGUGCUGCGUGGUUGUGGGGCACGUGGUCUGCGUCAGCCUGGGCUUGUGUCACGUGAGGCUUGAGCCUGUGCUGCGUGGUUGUGGGGCACGUGGUCUGCGUCAGCCUGGGCUUGCGUCACGUGAGGCGUGA